AUGCGACUCCUUAUCGGCUCAGAUGAUAGCGGAUGCAUAAAAGAACUCGUCGCAAACCGUGGGACGAAUACGUCGGAGCAGAGCGCGCUACAGCCCCUGCACCUUGAGGCGCACCUGGAACGGGGAUUAAAUGCCAAAGCACACCAGAUGCUGCAGAUAUCCGACAAUGAAUGUCUUCUAGCGCGCAUGAGCGGUGACAUUGAGCUGGUCAGCUGGAGCAGGGAGCCUCGUGGUGGAGAGGAGGACAAGCCGGUGUUCGAGGUUAGCAGCUUCCAGGUCAUGGCGACCCUGGGGGGACUGCUGGACGGUGAGAAGAUGCAGGAGUUGCACAAGCGGUCCCAGCGGCGCGCAGCCAGUGCGGAUCGGUUUGUGGCGCUCUUUGCGCUUCCCGGACAACCGCAGAGGUAUUUCGCUGCGACCAUGUCCGGGCAGUUUCAUUUCCUGGCGCUAGCGGACGGAGACCUUAAGUUGCAGAAAACAUUCUCUGUGCGAGGGCCCGUCGAGUUUGCACAGCUGUAUGACCUCGAAGAGACAGAGAAGCUCGUGUUUGCGUACGGUGGCGAGGACAACCUCAUCAAACUGGUGGAGGUGAGCCGGGAUCUGGAGCAGCUGGAGCAGAUUUGGGAGGCGAAGAAUGUCAAAAACGACCGGCUGGACCUCAAGGUGCCGAUAUGGCCCGCUGCGCUGCGCUUCUUGCAGCCUGCCGUUUCCCCAGCGUCUGAGGGGCUGAACUACCAGUUCAUUGCUGUCACACGGCACUCGCACUUGCACUUCUACCAGACUACACACGGACGCAAACCGUUCAGGUCCGUCGACCUGCUCCCCAAUAGAGAACCGACUACCUCGCUGGAAGUGGUCGGUGACGUGACGCCGUUGGGCAAUGUGAAGUCCACGUCAUUUGAGGGGUUUUCGAUCAUCACCACGGAUACAAAAAAGAGCAUCCUGCAAUUCGAGCCAAGCGGCCAUCUGCUGGGGAAGUUUGGAGGCAGUGAUAUCAAGGGGUUUCCCUCCUACAUCCACGUUCAGGGGAAGUACCUGGUAGAAGGAGGGUUGGACAGAUACGUGCGUGUGUUCGAACUAAAAAACCGCAAUAUGCUACUGAAGGUCUUCGCUGGUGGGAAGGUCAGCAGUGUGCUUCUACUCGACGUUUCAGACGUGGAGCUGCCGCUGAGCAAGAAAGAAAAGAACAAGAGAAGGCACAAGCGUGUGCUGGACGAAGACCAGGAGCGGGAAGAGGACAAUGAGCUGUGGGCUCAGCUCGAUGGAAGCAGCAAGAGACGGAAAUCCAAACCCCGCUUGGAUGGCUGA